AUGAGUAGUGCUGCACCUUCGCUUUCUCUGUGGUUUCCGAGCACGUACCCGACGAAGACUGUGUUUUCUACAGUAGCUGCUUCCGAGACUAGUUCGUUUAGUAGUUUAAUAGCUUCUGCGUAUGAGAAUGCACUUACGCAGACCGAUGCUGCAGAAUUGAUAUCGUUGGGAUACGAAGUUAAUGGUGCGCUAGCAUCAAUGUCGAUUGCAAGUGCGGCAGAAGUAACUGCUACUGCUACCAACCAACAAGUAUUGCAACAGGCAAAUGAAGUUAUCUGGAACUCAACCUUAUAUCUUAGAUACAAAGCUGAAGAGGAGAAUCUUUACAAGUACAAUUUGCAAUGGGCCCCUAACAUUAUUUAUGUUAUUAUAUUUGGAUUAGCCUUCUUCUACACUGUUGGUAUGCUUUGGAAAUCAAGAUACCACUGGUAUAAUAUCACUUUCUUCUGUGGAUUUGGUUUAGAGUUCAUAGGAUUCAUUGGUAGAUGCUUAUCAGUUAAUGACCCAUACAAUAUUAAUUACUAUCUUUGCCAGUAUAUUACUUUAACCAUCGCACCAGCGUUCCUUAUGGCGGGAAUUUACUUCAUUUUUGCUCAGUUAGUCGUUAUUCAUGGUAGACAUUAUUCUGUAUUGAAACCUAUGUGGUACUCCUAUUUUUUCAUUGCCUCCGAUGUUUUGUCAUUAUUGAUUCAGUCUGCUGGGGGUGGUGCUGCUUCUGUUGCCAGUAAUCAACAUAAGGAUGCAAAGCCUGGUACCAAUACUAUGCUUGCCGGUAUUAUCUUUCAAGUAGUCUCGAUGACUAUCUUUAUUUGGUUCUGGAUUGAAUUUUUGUUGAGAAUUUAUUUCAAGCAUCAAGUUGUAUCAGAUGUUACAGCUGAAGGUGAAGAACCUCACGUCCUUAAUCGCAAGUCUUUUAAAAAUUUCUUUAAGUUAUUGUUUAACGUUAAAUCAGUAAGAGAUUAUCGUCAAAAUGAGCUCGAUAAGCAUUAUAAUCCGAAGUUUCGUGAUAUUAGGACAAGAUCAUUAUUUGGUUGGUAUCCUUUAGCCAUAUCUUUGUCAGUUAUUUUCAUUUAUAUCAGAUGUGUUUAUAGAGUUGUCGAGUUGGCUCAAGGUUUCAGAGGUUGGUUAAUCACAAGGGAAUGGCCAAUUAUGGUAUUAGAUGCCUUUAUGGUAGCGCUUUUCGCCAUUAUUUCAUUCCCAUUCCAUCCCGUCAUUUUGUUUGGAAGUGAGAAUAGAGUUAAAGUAGCUCAUAUUAAGAAGAGAACGGACGUAGAGGAAGAUGAUGAAUUUAACGAUGAGGUCACAGGUAAAGACGAAGUAACACCACAUGAGGAAUCAAAUAAUGAGUCUCAUAUCGUAGAAAAGGCAUAG